AUGAGCGUCUUCUAUUGGACCAUUGCGGGAUACAUCAUUGUGGGUGGAGGAGGCGUCUUUCUUUGGGGCAAGGAGCAUGGCAACUCGAUCUUUGAUCGGCUCUAUCGGAUCUUCUGCAUGCACGUCCCUCGGCUGCUGAAGAAGGCUUUGGAGAAGUGCUUCGGCAAGCGUGCCCCUGCCUGUCUUGAUGCUGCCUGGGUCUACGUCUGCUACACCAGCAACCCCCCUGGUGCAGCUCUUCUACGCCGCUCGAGCCAGAACUCCGAGGAAUUGCUGGUCGUGGUGGGCAGCUAUGCGACCUUCGUGGCUUACAGCCAUCCACAUUUGCCCAACAGGUUCAUUAGUUCGAUCCACAAGUACAUUGGCUUCGGGAUCUUCUCCUUGUGCUUGGCCGUUUGGUGGCGUGCCUGCACCGUCGGAUGGCCCAGCGACCGAUCUUCAAAACACACCGCCUCUUCACAAUCCUGCCAGUGGGACGAGCUGAUCUUCCACAUGUCCAAGUGCCGCUCCUGUGAUUUGGUGAAGCCGGCACGCUCCAAGCACUGCUCCUUGUGCCAGCGCUGUGUUGCCAGGUUCGAUCACCAUUGCAUUUGGAUCAACAACUGCGUGGGCGUCGGAAACCAUCGCUACUUCUUGGGGUUCCUGGGCAUUCACCUGGUCAUUUGCUUCUACGGCUUUGGCUUGACAGCAACCAUCCUGUAUGAGAUCGUGGUUUCCAAGGAGCUCUUCUCGGCAGUCUUUGUGAGACCAGACACUCAGGAGCGCUUCACCGCCACGAAGCUUAUGGUGGGACAGUUUCGUGCGCGGCUCAAGUUGGGCGGUGCAUGUGGAGAAUAUUGGCCGCGGCGAACGCAGGAUGAAGUGAGGGACGAGUACCACAACCAACGAAAUGAGCAAGUGGAGCUACUUGAAGAUGCGCAGCCUCGCACGCACAGCAUCGCGCAGGAGGGCCCUGAGGGCAAGGACAAGAUCCGUCUGCUGAACAAUGAGUACAACCAGGUAGAGGUAGACCAUUGGUGGGGAGAAAAGACGCAUGCAUUUCUGCGGACUGCAUCACGCUUUCCUGGAAAAGCGCUUUUCCAAAGUGCUCGACAUCCCUUGGGCACUUUGACACUCCGACCCAACAUGGAGGCGACGGUGGCGUUGCCUGCGGACCUGCGGCAGACUGGAAGGCUUCAAGGGCAAGCGGGCAAUGUGGAUAGCGGUGCCAAACCCAAAGGGACGACUCUGGCUGAAGCCAUGAACAAAGCCCUCAUGGACAAACGUGAUCGCGGAAGCUUCUUGGGCCAAGCCUGUCGCCGACACCAGGCAGGCAGCGGCUAUGGGAUGUACCGGGGCCCUUGUCAUCCUGCAAGUUGGUCACCACACGAGACGGCCUUAGUCCAGGGCUUGAAGGGCUGGCAAGUCACCGAGUCGGAUCAGGUCACCCACGCGGAGGCCUUGUUGCACACUGAUAAGCUGGAGAUGGGGAAGAAGUACCAGUGUCAGCUGAGCAGUCGCCUUCAGCGUGUGGCUCCCGACAACUCGGACUACUACUUCAAGCCGCCCAACUGCGAGCAGAACAGGAAGUACAGCAACCUCCAGGAGAAUCCCGAGUCGCCCCGGAGCCGGCGCGCGCGGCAGAUGGCGGCCGCGGCCCAACAGGCCACCUUACAGAAGAAGCCUUUGCUGGCACAGAUUCGUCAGCCGGUGGCGGCUUUGGAACGCCCGCGCGCGGGGGUGGCCUACAACAUCCGGCGCUUGGAGGAGUGGUUCAGACUCAUGGAUACCAACAACAGUGGCGAGAUCACUGUGCGGAAGUUGAUCAUCGGAAUGAUGAGAUAUCAGGACAUCAUGGACUUGAUCUACUUGCUGAAGGAGAAGUCCAGUGGGAUCUGGCAACUGAAGCCCUCCGAGCGCCCCACUGCUGGCAAGUUGAGCCGGGAUGAUAUGCAGUGGGUCCGUGGCGUUCUCAGCGAGUUGGGACAAGACGGCCAUUCAACCAUGACUUGGCCUGAGUUUGUGGAGUUCUUCCGUCAGUCUGGCCUCUUGCUGGAGUAUGAAACACGUGAUGAGCUGAAUUCAUCCUCACUGGGAGAGACCAGCAUUGCUGCACAUUUGAAGAAGCAAGAGGAUGAGGAGCAGCGCUUCCAAGCUCUCUUCUUCAGCAGGGAGCGCCGAGGUGCUUUGGCUCCGCGUUCCAGUCGCCGGCAAAGCGCUCCUGAGAACUGUGCGCUGGCACAGACGACCUGA